AUGCCUAAAGCCAGUUCCAAGGCCAAAAACACCUCCAAAGGUCGCGGUGCCGAAAAGAAAAAGAAGGAUCCCAACGCUCCCAAGCGAGGUCUCUCCGCAUACAUGUUCUUUGCCAACGAGCAGCGCGAAGCCGUCCGUGAGGAGAACCCUGGCAUCAGCUUCGGUCAAGUCGGCAAAGUCCUCGGUGACAAAUGGAAGGCCCUGAGCGAGAAGCAGCGCGAGCCAUAUGAGAAGAAGGCCGCUGCCGACAAGAAGCGAUAUGAGGACGAGAAGGCCAAAUACAACGCUGGUGAUGACGACGAGGAUGAUGACUAA